AGAGGUCAGAAUCCUGAAGCGAAUCUUUAUCCAAUAAAAUGAGUCAUUUUAACGUCGUAAACGAAUUCGCAAAAGAACCAAGUACUUCUAAAAGAGUGCAAUUAAAUCUCUAGAACGUUAUUGUGUAGAAGAUAGUGUUAAAUUUGUGAAAAAUGAGGUGAUAUUGACAAAUAAUUCGAGUAGCAGGUGGCACAGUAUAUACUGUAUGCAUGACAGUGGUUAAAUGACCUAGUUUUCCAAGGAAGCAUUUGAUCAGCAACCAUCAUGUCAGAAGAAGUAAAAUGGGACUGUCUCACAUGCACGUACCGCAACUUCCUUGCAUCAAGGAAGUGUGUGAUGUGUGGGGCCGUGAGACCUAGCAUUGUUAGUCAAGACCUGGAUAAUGCUGAACAAGACAUAUACAAAGUCGCUGAGCUUGAUGCUACCAGAAAUAAUCAAAGUGCUGCAAGUUCAGCAUUGAUUAAGUCUUCUAGUUCUGCUGAUCAUCAGUGGAGUUGUAAACAUUGCACGUUUAUCAACAAGGCUUGGGUGAAAAAAUGUGCUGAAUGCAAAAUGCAUAAGGCUUUUCCAACUGUUCCACACAGUGAUGAAAUUGUAGAUAAACAAGGUGGUUUGUUUGAUAAGUCAUCGAAAUCUGCUGUUGUAAAAAAGCCUUUAAAAUUAUCAAGUGCAGUGGCCUGUGGUCUGCCAAACAUAUUUAAAUGGGCUUGCCAAAUGUGUACAUUUGAAAAUCAGCCCAAAGCCUCACAUUGUAAUAUGUGUAAAACCCCUAAAGACAAACAUCAUUCAAAACAGUCUGGAUGCCAGAUAAUAUGCCCCACAAGUAGUGGGAACAUAUCCAGUAAUUUACAGUUGGAAAUAGAUGUUAACACGAAAAAUCAGGAGAAUAAACGCUCUGAUGAGAAUUCCCCACACAGUGUAACUAGUAAUCAAAGUCAACAAAACUCUCCGAAUCAACCCAAGAAAUCAGAUAACAACAGAUUUAGCCCAGGGUCAAAGCAGAGUUCCAAUGAAAACUCGCCAAAGCAAUCACCAGUGGGACAAAGUUCACCCCAAAGUAACAGGUCUUCACCAACAAAUAACACAAACAUCAACCAAGAUUCCAUUAUUCCAUACAACAGUGGCUCAGGUCAGAGAUCCCCAAAUCAAGCCUCGCCAAAGAACAACAGAUCAGGACAUUCAUCACCUCAGGAGCAAUUAUCAGGUCAAAUCUCACCAAUAAAUAAUAAGAGAGGUUCACCAUUGGUAGCAAGGGCUUCAAAGAGUAAUAGAAACUUGAAUCAAGCUCGCGUUCGGGGUGAUCAUACUUUACUUAUACAAGACAGUGCUGGCGCAAUAGGUGGCUAUCGAGUUGAGGAAGAUAAACGAGAAAAAAAAUUGCAAAAAUUACGUAAACGACUCACAACAGAAGACAUUCUUUGGUUGAAUGCCUGUGAGUGUGUCGUUACAGGUGAUCUAGCAGGAAUUGAACAUUAUUUAACCUCAGGGGGGGAUCCAACGAGGCAACUUACGAAAGAUGAAGGUUUACUACUUGAUCGCCCAAGUGCUUUUGAAGUGGGUUACACAUUGGUUCAUCUUGCCCUACGGUUUCGGAGGGACGAUAUGGUUGCUGUAUUACUGGCAGCUACUGAUAUAGCCUCUAAGGGGUUUAAGCGUUUGCCUUCCUAUGUUUGUCCUGAUCUCUCUGCCGAUAUAAGACGAGAAAUAUCAAUGAUGAUGCAGCAGAAAAAGAAAGGAACCUUCCCAUGCUUCUUCCUCACUGAGUUUUCAACAUUUACCUUGCCAGCAGAUAUAGAAGACCUUCCCAGACAAAUACAGAGCCAGCUGUUUGAUGAAAUUCUUGACAAUGAUGUGGAAAAAGAACUCACAGAUGAAUUAGUUAUCAACUGGAGCGUUGAGAUAACAGAGAAAUAUGGGAGUCGUCUGUAUGCCCUGUGGAACCGAACAGCAGGGGAUUGUCUUCUAGACUCUGUAUUACAGGCUACCUGGGGGAUCCUGGAUAUUGACAACACCCUGAGGAGGGCACUGGCUGAUUCUCUACUAGAGGGCGCAAAUAGUUUCUACCCACAAUGGAAGGAGUACGAAUCGAGACAAGCGGACCUACUAAACUUUUCCCUUGAUGAGAGCCAGUGGCAGAGGGAUUGGACCGUGCUACUGAGUCUUGCCAGUCAACCAGGAGCCAGUUUGGAGAAGCUGCACAUAUUUGCACUGGCCCACAUUUUGCGCCGUCCCAUCAUCGUGUAUGGCGUGAAGGUUGUGAAGAGCUUCAGGGGAGAGAGUAUCGACUUUGCCCGCUUUCAAGGUGUAUACCUUCCAUUCCUGUGGGAGCGCAGCUUUUGCUCCAAGGUGCCCAUCGCCCUUGGUUACACCCGAGGUCACUUCUCCGCCCUGGUUCCCAUGGAAAUGGAUACCGAUGUGCCAUUAGGUGCUGGUGCCCACAUUGACAAUGCGGUGGAUGAGCAGCUGUUCUAUCUGCCACUGAUGGACCAUGAAGGGGCCUUUCUGCCUGUACACUUUGUCUGCACUGCAGAGUCCAGCCAAGAGGAAAUGCUAUUCCGUCGCUGGUUUGACUGCUACGUGACCCCAGACGGCCAUUUUGUUGCCAUGCAGAAAGUAGGACAGAGUCCCGUCCUUGUUAAACAGAUGCUUGAAAUGUGGGUCGAUCACUAUCGGCAACAGGCUGUGCCGGGGAAUGAGAACACCAUUAUUGCACAAGGCUACUCGACUGACGGGGAGAGUGACCAGGAUGAGUGAAAAACUAUUUGAAUGGUUUAAAUUCAGUCAGACUCCACACAAAACUGGAAGUGCCUCAGAUCUGAGGCUGGUAAAUCUCUUGCCGGCUGAUAAAAAAUAUAUUGUGUGCUAUAGACCCAACAAGCUUUUAUUGUGUUGGCACUGUGCUCUACAUAAAUGGUUCCCAGGGAUUGAGACCUUGAGAUUUUCCAUCAGACAUAUGAAUUUAGUUAUUCUGUAGGUGCAAUUGUGUUUUGGUUUAAAAAUCAAGAAGUACUGAGUGUUUUUACUGCCCUAAUCUUAAACUUGUGCUCUAGUUUUCUGAUAUCAUUCUUAAUUUAAAAUAGUUUUGUCUUAUUUUUCAAAUCAUUUAUUUAAAUUUUAGUUUUUACCAGUUCUUGUGUCUUGUUUACUAAAUGUGUUGAAACCAACUUAAUUCCAAUAUCUAGUUUUAAAAGCAGACCUGAUAAAACGCAAAAUUAAAUUCUGAAAUAUGUUUAAGCAGGUAAAUUAACCAUUCACUAGUCCUAUUGCAUUGUGCUCAUUUUGAUUUCUAGGCUCUUUUAAUGCCAUUCUUUUAUCAUCAGAAAUGGUGUGGUGUGCACAUUCUUAGUCUUGUUCACAUGUUGUGGGUUACAAAGAAUUAAGGCACAGCUUAGGAUGAACACAAACUGUUCAAUUGUUGUGGGUAACAAAGAAUAAAGACACAGCUUAGAUUGAAAACAAACUGUUCAUUUGUGGGUUACAAAGAAAUAAGACAUAGCUUAGAAUGAACACCUACUGUUCACUUGUGGGUUACAAAGAAUUAAGACAUAGCUUAGAAUGAACACAGGUUACAAAGAAUUUAAACACAGCUUAGAAUGAACAUAAACUGCCCUAACCCAUGUAAAGUUUAUAAAUUAUGAAUAAUUGGACAUAUGAUGUAUAUGUUUGUUCAUGUAUUAUCCAAUGUAAGGCCCUAUAUUCUUUAGUUGCUUUGCAAGCUUAUUGCUAGCAGUGCUUCAUGGAAUUUGCAUACGUUUGCUCCUGCAUCAUAAUCUAUCAUAAUCAUAUGAAAAGAUAGGAUCAAUCCUUUAAUUUUAAUAAUAUUUCAUCCAGGGCUUCUUAUAAGAAAUUGAAGCUUGAACUUCCUGGGCAUCAUUGUUGGAAGUUUUGUCUCCCAAGCAUGGAAAUUUGUCUAACAACUUCUCCACUUGUGUAUAGCAAUCCGACCAAUAUUGUAAUGAUAGGCCAAAAACACAACAGAGUCCACAAACAAUUAAUUUCAAAGCUUGUUGAAAAUGUGGUUUUUAAUAUAACAUCAACACCAGAUUAUCGUGCUAUGAACGUUUAAUUUUUCUACUUUGGAAGUUUCAUGUGAAAUGUUGGAAGUUUCAUGUGAAAUGUUGGAAGUUUCAUGUGAAAUGUUGGAAGUUUUUGCACUUCAAAGGACUCAGUAUUGGAAGUUUUAGCCUAUUUCUAAGGACUUAAAUACUUUCAAACUUCUUAUAAUGGAAGCUCUGUUUAACACAAUCAAAAUAUUAGUAGAAUAUUCUGAAAGUGAGAAUAUAUUGAUACAGAAAGUUUAUCGCCAACAUAUGUUUGUAUAAAAUGGUAGCCUAUAAUUGUAACGCCUGUAUCAUUGGUUAAAUGACAUGGCGCUAAUCCAAUCAGAGUGCAAUAUCAAAAUACCCCCUUGCGUUUUAUUAAAUAUGAAAGUCUUGUUUUCUCUAUAUAAAAGACUGAACAAAUGUGAAUAUUUAGUUUGAGUAUUUCAGAUAAAUUCAGGAUCAUUGUUUAUUUCAUUGUAAGAUGGCAAUAUAUUUCAACGAGUAAUCUCUAAUAUGUAGGAGGUACAUGUAUGUUCUAUUCGAUUUGUUUGUUUAAUACAGAUUUUCCAUAUUAUAGUUGAUUUCUCAUUUUACUUGCACUAUUUUUUUAACAUACUAAGGUCAGGCAGUUAAACAAUGUUAGUAGAUAAUUGAAAUUCUCUUUUGAGGGUUUCAAUCCAGUAAAAUGAGUGUUAGAUGGGAUAUCAAAAUGACAUAAAAGCAUUGACUUUUAAUUAUUACAUUAUUUUUUUAAAUCAAAGUAGUACUGUCAAGUUCACUAGCAAACACUCGCACAAGAUGUUCCUUUUAUGUCAAAAUAUUUUUCAGUUUUUCAGAUGUUGUCAUGUAAAUACUUGUAUUUAUUAUUAAGGCAACUAGGCAUUAUUUACUGAUUUAGUUGUUUGUGCAAUACAUUUCUUUUUGCUUAAAUUAUUCUGAACAAUGAAAACAUGGUUAGUAUGUAUGUAAAAAAAAACACUAUUAACACAAAUUUAUGGAAAGUUUUAGGAAUGGUAUGUUUAGUACACAUAACUUUUAUUGAUUUGAAUAAUUUUGAUAAGAAAUAGUCUGUUUUGAUCACAAUCUUAUGGUGUAAUUGAGAUAACAUUCUAAGUUUAUUAAAAUCAAAUAAAAAAAUUAAGAGCUUUCUUGUAUAUUUGAAAUAAUUAAAAGUUGUUCUUGUUAAAACUGAAUAAUAAAUAAAUGUUAUAAUAUGAAGAUGAAGCUUUAUCAUAAAGAAAUAGAGCUUGUUUGUUUGUAAGAUUUUAUAUAAUCCUACUGUCUCCAAUAUAGCAGGCAGAUAUGUACAAGUUUGCUAUCACAAAAUAGUUAUAAUAUUUAAAUUGUUUCCCAUAAUAUGUAUAAGAAAGUUUGCUGUUGUUUGUAUAUCACUGGAUUGUUUUAAUUAAUUAUAUAUGAUAGAUGUUUGUACUUUGCAGUUAACCUGGCUACCUUUAUCAGUAUUGAUAACAAAAAAUGUUGUUCACUCUAUCAUAUGUUUGUUAGUGAUGAAAUAAAAUUGUA